GUCGUCGCCGUUUAUCUUUGAAUUGUUUUAUGAACCUUGUAUUAGUUUAAGAGUAAUCCUUGUCGGUAGUAUGUUUUAUUCUUCGUUUUUCUAAUUAAAAUGUUAAAAUAGUGGAGUAUAUUUCCAAAAAAAAAAAAAAUUAUAUACAUAUAUUUUUGCUUAUAACAAAGUUUAAUUUCAAAAAAGUAUUUUAGAGAAACUCAAGUAAUAAAUUUUUUUUUUCUAUGUUAAAACUACAACUUUAUUAGUACUUCAAUUUUUUACAUAGCUUUAACCUUUUCAGAAUUGAAUUCAUUCAUUAUGCAACAGUGGUGGGAUCCCAACUCUUUAGAUGAAGAUAACUUUCAAAGUUCAAUACCUGAAAAAAAUAAAGAAAUGUCAAAAUCUAAUCAUAGACAUGAGAAGUUUAAAGAAAAAACAUUUACUGUGGAAGCAGAUACUAUUGAUGGACAAAUACUGUGCGUCUCAGGAAAUUGUGAGGCAUUAGGAAAUUGGAAUGCAGAUAAGGCAUUUGUGCUUACUAAUACUCAUAUGACUAAAGUUAAAAACAAUCGCACGUAUUAUAUCUGGACUGGAAAAAUAGAUUUACCAACAAAUCAACAAGUAUUGUUUCGAUAUUUUAUUGCUUAUAUUUUAGAGCCUGAUGGUGAAUAUAUAACACAAAGAUCUAUUUUAGUUCAUUCAUGGGAAUCACAUUAUGAACCUAGAAGUGAAUCUUCCUAUGAUGAUGCAAAUACAACUUAUGAUCUUUAUGGGUCAAAAAAUGGUAAUAAGCAUGUAAAUAAAGGUUUUUUAACUAAUGAAUAUGCUGUGCAGUUUAAAUUAUUUAAAGAACCUAUUAAAUUUUGGAAAACUAAAUUUGAAAAUAAGAAGGAUCUUAUGUGUGUUAAAGUGACACCAAUUAAGUUAUCAAAGCGUCCAUCUAAAACUGGUAAAGCAAUAUCCAAUAACAUUUUAAUUGAAGAAUUAAGUUCACAAGAACCCAAUAAUAUAUCUUUUGGAUUUCCAUUUGUUGAAGUUGCAAAUAUACCUGGAGAUUAUAGUUUUCAAUUACAAAGUCAAUUUGGUAACCUUUUAAUGCUCAAUACUUUACAUAUAUUUCAAACAAAGGUUCAUAAUUUUGGCUGUAUGGGAUAUCUUUUUGAUAUUUUUAUGAAAAAAGAAAGUUUAGAAGAGCCACCUUAUCAUGUUGGUUUCACUCAUGUAUUACCAAAUAGCAUGAUAAACAGUAAUGGUGUAAUAACAGCUCCUAUUACAAGCAUACGCCAUCAGCCAAUUGGUGAACUUAAAAUUGCAUAUUUAGUAAUAAAGCCUUCUAGGGAUAUAACAUGUACAUUGGAAAAAAAUAAAACCUUAGAUUGGAAAAGUUCUUAUGAUCCAUUAGAUAUUGGUCAUAGGGGAUCUGGCUCAACUUUUACCAAAUUUGUAUCAGAUACUUCAAACAUUCGUGAAAAUACAAUUGCAUCAUUAAGAGAAGCAGGCAACAAAGGAGCAGAUUUUGUUGAGUUUGAUGUUCAACUUACUAAAGAUUUAGUUCCUAUAAUAUAUCAUGAUUUUAAAGUGUCAAUGGCAACUAGAUCAAAAACAGAUGUGUUAGCUGAAAAUGUUGAAAUGGUUGAAGUACCAUUGAAACAAUUUUCUUUUGAACAGUUGCAAAGAUUAAAGAUUUAUCAUGUUAAGGAACCUUAUAGCUUAUCUGAAGGUCAUUUUUUAAAUGACUUACGAAAUGAUUAUCAACCUUUUCCAAAACUUGAAACAGCAUUGACUAAUGUGGAUAUCAAUGUUGGUUUUAAUAUUGAAGUAAAAUGGACAAUGGAGUUACAGGAUGGAACAUAUGAACUUGAUAAUCCUUUUGAUAUGAAUUUAUUUGUUGAUAAGAUCUUGAAAACUACUUUUGAUUUUGCUGGAAUACGUAAUAUUGUAUUUUCUUGUUUUCACCCAGAUGUUUGUACAAUGCUUAAAAUGAAGCAAAAUAAGUAUCCUGUUCUUUUUUUAACUCAAGGUGUAACUAAAAGAUGGCCUUCAUAUGAAGAUAUUCGUUGCCAUACCGUACAAACAGCAGUUUACCAUGCUGCUUGUCAUGAUUUGAUGGGAGUCAAUGUACAUUCUGAAGAUUUGUUACGAGAUCUUUCUCAAAUUAAUAUGGUUAAAGAAACUGGGUUAUCAUUAUUUUGUUGGGGUGAGGACAAUAAUUGUAAAGAUGUUGUAAACAAGUUAAAAAAACUUGGUGUAAAUGCUAUAAUUUAUGAUAAAUUAGACAAGAGUGAAGAAAAGCAAAAAUCCUUAGAAAAUCCCACUAUAUUUAUUACUGAAGAUUGUUGUGAUCAAAAUAUUGUGCUUAUGAACCAAGAAUUAUUAACUGAAGACAUGAAUAGUGGUGACAGUCAAAAUAAAAAAAAUAAAAAUGAAUAUUUCAUGGAUGUUGCAAAAUUUGGUUAUCAAAAUCAAUGUGCAUCAACAAAUUCAUUAUGGAAUGAAGAUUGUUCUUCGAAUAAUAAUCUUAAACCAAAUAAUUCGCCUUUAAAAACAAAAAGAUUAAACAUUGUAGAACACGGAAAUGUCAUUACAUCGAGCUCUUCCAAAAAAUCUAAGUCUUAAUUUUGAAUUAUUGAAGCUGUCUUAGAAAUAGAUUCAUUAAAUGUAAUUGUUAUUAUUUAUUAUUGUUAUAAUUAUUAUCAUUAUUUUUGCAUUUAUUUUUCUUAAAAAGUUGAUUUAAAAUAAAAUAAAAUGGAUAUUGAUAAGGUAUUACUUUAGCUAAAUGUAAUUUAUUUUUAUUUUAUUUUUAAAAUAUAAGUAUAUCAUAAAUAAAAAAUAAAUAUUUAGUUCUUA